UGUCAUUUUAAGCCUAGGCAAAACCUCACGCCUAGUCACAUUACACAGUCUAUAAAUCUUAAAACCGACUGUGCUUCGAGAUAUUUCAAAAUCUUUAUGACAAUGGUGCUGUAGAGGGUCCGUGUCGAAGAGCUGAGCUGUAUUUUGGACUUUGAAACACGCUCUUCAAUAUAAAGCUGGAAGUUUUGAACUGCCACACAUCUGCGCGCGCGGGACUUAAGAGAUGGACACUUGGGCUUUUUUAGGCGUUCUACUCGCUGUUACGCAUUAUGUGUCCGGACAGAAUACGGUAAGAUGGUGCACUAUUUCGCCCGCGGAGGAAACUAAAUGCAAAGCCAUGGCCGAGGCCUUCACCAGAGCGGCAAUUAGACCAUCACUGCGCUGUGUCGUCGCCUCAUCAAAAGCCGAAUGCGCUCAGAAACUCACCAAAAAGGACGUUGAUGCAUUUUCAGCCAGUGUUAAAGACAUAUAUGACAUUGGCAAGCUUGCCAGCUUCAAAAUUGCAGCUGGAGAGUCUGGAGUGGAUGGGAGAGGAAUAACCUACUAUGGAGUCGCUGUGGUAAAAAGAACCAAUACAGCCAUCAACAUCAACAAUCUUAAAGGGAAGAAGUCUUGUCACACAGGCAAGAAUCGCACGGUUGGCUGGAACGUCCCUGUGGGCUAUUUGAUUGACAGUGGAAAGAUGUCUGCAAUGGGAUGUGACCUUUCUCAAGGGGUUGCUGACUACUUCAACGCCAGCUGUGUCCCGGGAGCUCAAUCCGACCCGGCGUCUCUGUGUGAGCUGUGUGUGGGAGAUGGGGCAGGAAAGUUUAAGUGUGAAGAAGACAACAAUGAGAGAUAUUUCUCAUAUAAUGGAGCAUUCAGGUGCUUGGUUGAUGAUGCAGGGGAUGUUGCUUUUGUGAAGCACACUACUGUAGGCGAGAACACUGAUGGUCAGGGGGAGCCAUGGGCUCAAGCACUUCCUUCAGAUGACUUUCAGCUGCUGUGUCAGGAUGGUACUCGUAGUCCAGUCAGAGAUUAUGAAAAAUGUCAUCUGGCCAGAGUUCCAUCAAGGGGUAUUGUGGUACACAAUGACAUCAGCAGUUCGGUGGUUUACAACAUGUUGAGAGAGGGCCUGCAAAAGUCUGAGUUCUCCAUUUUCUCCUCAACAUCCUUUGGUGGAACAGAUCUGUUAUUCAGUGAUGCUUCAACAACAUUCAUCGAAGCGGGAAAUGAAAACUAUAUUGAGUGGAUAGGCCGAAGAUACUAUGACAUACUCAGAGCCGUAGACUGUUCCAAAUCAGAUGUUCCCUCAGAUCUUCGCUGGUGUGUUCUGUCUUACGGAGAGCAGCAAAAAUGUGCAGACAUGGCCGUGGCUUUCAACAGCAAAAAUUUGAUUCCCAAGAUUAAGUGUGUCUAUGGCACAUCUGUGGAGGACUGUAUGAAGAAAAUUCAAAACAAGGAAGCCGAUGCCAUUACACUCGAUGGAGGCUACAUUUACACAGCUGGCAAGAGUUUUGGUCUGAUACCUGCUGUUGGGGAGAGCUACACAGGAGACACUGAUGGCAGCAUUUAUUAUGCUGUUGCUGUGCUGAGGAAGAGUAACAGUAACAUCCAGAGAUUCAGUGACCUCAAGGGCAAGCGCUCAUGUCACACGGGUUACGGCAGGACCGCAGGCUGGAACAUUCCCAUGGGUUUGCUCAUAGAAAAGGGCAUCAUCAGACCACAAAAAUGUGAAAUAGAUCAAGCUGCUGGCGAGUUUUUCCAGUCAUCCUGUAUACCUGGAGCUAAUCAACCUGGUAUUCCCAAAAACUUGUGUGAGCAGUGCAUUGGAGACUCCAGUGGUCAAAAUAAGUGUGAAAAAGGCAAAGACCUGUAUGAUGGUUACAAUGGAGCCUUUAGGUGCCUUGCUGAAGGUCAUGGUGAUGUGGCUUUUAUCAAACAUUCCACUGUAUUCCAGAACACAGAUGGAAACAAUACAGAACCUUGGGCGGUACACCUGACUUCCCGUGAAUUUCAGCUGCUCUGUUCUCACGAUUCUCGUGCUGAAGUCACUCAGUAUAGCAGGUGCAACAUGGCCCGUGUCCCCUCCCAUGCUGUUAUGGUGCGGCCUGAUACCAACCAUCAUGUUAUCUUUGGCCUUUUGGACAAAGCCCAGGCAUUUUUUGGAGUGAGUUCUGCCUUAGGUUUUAAGAUGUUUGAGUCUAAAGCAUAUGAGGGGUCAGAUCUCAUUUUCAAAGACUCAACUAUUACUCUGAUUGGUGUGGGAGAGAGGAAGACGUAUGAGGAGUGGCUUGGCAAAAGCUACAUGGAUGCAGUGGUAGCCAUGGAGUGUUCAGCUUCCUCAACAGUGUUUUCCUUAUCCUCAAUAUUGCUGAUGACCAUUGUGAGCUCCCUGGUGUCUCUAUUGACUUUGUAGCCGGUCUGCCAGCCAAAAUAGGUGCCCAUGGCAUCUUCACCUCUUCCGGCCUUCAUACAGUACCAUACCAAUAUUAAUAUUUCAGUGAUUCAAUUAAAAAUCAAGCUUUAUAUGAUACGUUAAUUAAUAUUUGAGAACCAGCAAUGCACUUUAUCUGUCCAUAUUUUCUCUUCUGAUUGUAAUACACGGUACAUAUGAUUAUGGAAGAUUUUAUAAAAGGGCCUGAAGAAAUGUUGCAUAAUGCAAUAAGCAAGUAGUAAGCAAGGUAAUUUUUUCACCGUCUGUAUUAUUUCUCCUGUUAGAUUGCUGAGGGCAAUAGCCAUAUCAGUGCAUAUGCUUUGCCUGUUACAUAUUUAUUGUGCGGUGUUUAUUGCAUCUUUCAAAGCUACAUUUUAUUAUUUUAUGAGCUACUUGAAGGCACAUGCCAUAUCAGGGAAUAUGCUGUGUCUAGCACUUUACUCUUUGAGAUAUUUAGCGCGGGGUUACUAUCACGUAUACAAUAUGCACUGGAGUUGUACUGCUGCAAGAAUUGAAUUGAAUUAAAAUAGUUGUUUUCCCCGAGCUGAAAAAAAAGGAAAUUUGUUAAAUAUUUUUCUUUAUUAUUAGCAUUUUCUUUGUUUAAGUUUGUUCACAAAUCAAUUGCACAUUGUUCUUCAAAUUCAAAAUAACUUUUAGCAAUUCGGUAAGCAAUCACUAAGAUCCAAGACCUUGAAUUGUGAUACACUGAUCAAAGCAUUGUUUUCGUGGAGUGAAAACAUCUUUCUAGUUCCUCCACAAUUCUGUUGCAAUAUUGUUUCUAUUGCAAACUCUUGUUUUUGCAUUUUGUUAAUAUUGUUGCAAUGCACACGUUGAAUCCCAUGACUAAACAAGCUCAAACUAUAAGGUAACAUUUUACUUGCCAUUUUUUGUGAUGUAGCAUGGUUCAAAUUCCAUAAAUUAUAGCCUAUAAUACACAAUAUUUGAUUAAAGUGAAUAUGUACACUUUGGGACACAUUCCCCAAUUCCAAGCAGAUGGGGCUCAACCAUUACCAUUAACCAACUUUGCCAUUUGUCCAAAACCUCAUCAUUUUGAAUUAUUUUUCCUCUGGUUUAUAUAUCUUAUCUAUGGCUUGCUUAUUUUCACUGCAGUGGUGAUGUCUGUUUCGUUAGACUAUGACCUGCUUUUCACAUUUUUAUACACACUUUAUCAUUUGAUGUGUUUCUAUGAGAUAUGUAUUUGUAUAUGUUGUUCAGAUACCAUAUCAGUGUAUAUGUGCUGACACAUUAAUGUCUUAUUAAUACUUGUUGUUGCUUUUUUCAAUGAAAUGAUCCAGAUGUAACUAAUAUUUAGUUGCCAGGCCAGUGUGUCUGCUCAAAUAUUAUCAUGUACUGCCCACGUGGACUUUUCUUCUUUUUAAAAUAAACAACUAAC